GCUACCCAGAGAGGGGUCCGUACGGCGUUGUUCUGAGUUCCCAGCGUAACUUAAAGGGAAACUUUCACAAUGUCCGGAGCCCUUGAUGUCCUGCAAAUGAAAGAGGAGGAUGUCUUCAAAUUUCUUGCAGCAGGAACCCACUUAGGUGGCACCAAUCUUGACUUCCAGAUGGAGCAGUACAUCUACAAAAGGAAAAGUGAUGGCAUCUACAUCAUAAAUUUGAAGAGAACCUGGGAGAAGCUUCUGCUGGCAGCUCGUGCCAUUGUUGCCAUUGAAAAUCGUGCUGAAUCAGUCAUAUCAUCCAGGAACAUUGGCCAGCGAGCGGUGCUGAAGUUUGCCGCUGCCACUGGGGCCACUCUUAUUGCUGGCCGCUUCACUCCUGGAACCUUCACUAACAAGAUCCAGGCAGCUUUCCGGGAGCCAAGACUUUGGGCGGUCACUGAUCCCAGGGCUGACCACCAGCCUCCCACAGAGGCGUCGUACAUUAACCUGCCCACCAUUGCUCUGUGCAACACAGACUCGCCCCUGAGCUAUGUGGACAUUGCCAACCCCUGCAAUAAUAAGGGAGCUCACUCCGUGGGUCCCAUGUGGUGGAUGCUGGCCCGGGAAGUCCUCUGCAUGCGUGGCACCAUCUCCCGUGAGCACCCAUGGGAGGUCAUGCCUGAUCUCUACUUCUACAGGGAUCCUGAAGAGAUUGAAAAGGAAGAGCAGGCUGCUGCUGAAAAGGCUGUGACGAAGGAGGAGUUUCAGGGCGAAUGGACGGCUCCAGCUCCCGAGUUUACUGCUACCCAGCCUGAGGUGGCAGACUGGUCUGAGGGCGUUCAGUUGCCUUCUGUGCCUAUUCAGCAGUUCCCUAUUGAAGACUGGAGUGCCCAGCCUGCCACUGAAGACUGGUCUGCGGCCCCCACCGCUCAAGCCACUGAGUGGGUGGGAACCACCACGGAGUGGUCUGAAGCUGUUCUUCCGACAGGAACAGAACGUGGAAGUAAGGUUAACGGAAAAUAAACAGUUUUUAAAAGUUAAAAAAAAAA